UUAUUUGAAUAGAUGGGGCAUCGUGACCGGUGCGACUGCGAGAUACAUGCAUGUGGUUCUUCGGAACUAGUAAGCAGCUACAGACGUGGCGUCUUUACUAACUUCACAGCAUGGUUUUCAAGGAGUGUCCAUGAAGAAACAGUAAGAGCAUGGUUACAACAGGGAGGAACACUCGCAGACCAGAGCUGUGCCAAGUUUCUCUUCAGUAUGGAGGCUGGCUGUCCAGACACAAAAGAAUUCUUCCAGAGUAGCCUUUACCUUGAUGAAAGGUUGUCCAUGUUCCAUGCUGACUUUGUUGAUGCCUCUGUGCAACAAGGAGAUAUGAGUGUGGUGCCUAUAGGCAUGUAUGUACUACCUCCACCACAGCUGCACCCUGAGCUAGACAGGAGAGGCACACUAGCAUGGAUGAAAAAUACCAGAUGCAAAGAAAUCCUUCCACCAAGCAGAAAAGAAACUGAAGACAUAAAGGAAGCUUCUGUAACUGAAGGAGGGAACAAUGUUGGAGAAAAGGGAGACGUGGUUAGCCUUGCAGAUAGUGAGAAGCCUCUGGCAGCUGGUAGUUCAGAGUAUGUCACUGCUGUUACUGGUACUUCAUCAAGCACCAUUUUACAAGCCAAGAGAAGCCAGGAUCACAGGGAGGGCAUCCUGCAACCCACUGACUGCUCUGAUGAAAGAACUUCAAAUGAAGAAGUAACUGAAGCACAAACUGAAGCACAGUUCAAGCAAGGGAACAACAAGUCAGAUAGUCUUUGCUGUUUGCCAGUGCCAGAGCCCAGUACCGAAGCACGCCCUGAUCCAUGUGACUCCUGCAGGGCUCCACACCGCUUUUUACACAGCAGGCUGGAUGAUAUUCCCCAUGUUGCUGAUCUCCAGAUGAGUAGAAGUGAACUGCUGCAGGAUUUUGUUCCAGGCUCAAAUGGGUUCAGUGUCAAAUGCUGCAGCAAAUAACUGUCAUGGGACAGACUUAAGGACAGUUUCUGUUCAAAAACAGGGCCGUUGCCAAAUUAGUUAGUGCACAAUUGUUAUAGGGGAUGACAAAUUCUUCCCAGAUUUAAUGUUGUAUAGAUUGUUUGAAUGUACAGUACAUAAUGUAUAUUAGUAGCUUGUUCUCACAAAGAAACUUCCUUCAGGUCUACUGUUCAUCGUUGCAGUGACAUGGUUGAACUAAUGUUAAAUGUUAUAAGAUUUAAAGAACUAAGUCUUUGCCAUUGUAAAUAUUUUUUAAAGUAACUGAAUGUUUUAAUAGCCAGAAAUUAAUUAUGUCACAUGAUAUUUUGUAUUCCUGAGCCUGGCAAAAAUAUGGAAUUAAACCACUA